AUGCCCAAUAACGCAACCACAUGGCCGAAUAGUUUAUGUUACGCUAAGGAUGUCGACCCCACGGCUUUACAUGAACUUGGUGAAUAUUCAUCUCACACAUGUGAUCCACAUGAUGACAUACAAAUCAAAAAAGGGAAUGCCAUUGGCACUGGUCGGUCAAUCAUGAACAGGAGGCCAUACGCAUCUCAAAUAGAAGGAAGCCAUGGAAAAGAGCGGUCCCACCUUCUUCAUGAGUUUGAAGAAGCUAAAAAGGCCACACGGCGAGUUGAUCACGAUGGGGGAAGGUCAAUGUCGACUGCUUAUCAUCCGUGCGACUAUAUGCAAUGGGAUGCUGACACGCUGCCAAUAAAUAUUUCAUCCUCCGCGUAUAAGGCGACUCUGCGUACAGUAAAGAAAAACUUUCCAGCCUGGCAACAUGAAGUCGCACUCUCUGGGGAGAUUCUUCUGAAGAAGAUCAAUACCAAAGAGAAACGUCACGCUUUAAUCGAGGUUGCUAAGGAUUUUGGUUUCAAUUCUUCGAAUCCAAGGGCUACAACGUGUAGUUUUGUAUAUGUUAAAUACACAAAUCAAGUGUUUAUGCGUGCCACAGGAGAAAAGAUACCUUAUCUCGAUCAUGAACUCGUGUGCAGCAUGCAGCAUCUUGAGGAACAGCACCAAGCGUACCUGGAGUUGAAGUAUAAACAGGAAGAAAAAGGAGGGAACAUAGAAAAUGAACCUCAGGGUGGGGGUCCGAAGUGUGCAUCUUCUGGUGCAAAAUUCAGUGAGGGUGAUAAUAAAGAACACGUGGCAAAUGUGAACAGUGGCAGAAUAAAACAACAGCAACCUGCUUUUAUAGAAAAAGGUCCCAACUACAAGAAGGCUUCCUCUGUGCCGCAGCCGUAUAUAUUACGAUGGUGGUUUGUUGACCGAUACGUCCAUCGGGAUGUGUUGGAAAUAUUACGCUUGUUGGCAUGUGAAAUUGGAGUCUUUCGCGGCGAGCCGACAUUAUCGUUUGAGCAACUACAGCGGUAUGACCCCGAUGCGGCAAGGAAACUCGAGAAUCCAAUGAUCUUUCGCGUGGAAGUCGCACUGGAAUACCAGCCGAGGUGGGAAGUGGAACUGGCGACGUUACUGAAAGAGGAACCCGGUUCCACGCGGGAUCCGUACCCCAUCUCCUACGUCCGCCGCGAUAACUUCGCGAUGAGGCAGUACCAACGUCAUCUGAGGCCAUUUUUUUAUGAUUGGAGACCCGUUAUAACACGUUGUCUCGUGGAUCUCUUUCAGGGGCGUGAUUUCCGUGCCAACAUGACCCCCUCCAAUGUCACCACCAUGGGGACCGCAUUCUUCCUUCGUCAUGAGAUCGAUACGAAGGGGCAGGUGUUCUAUCGCCGCUGGGUGCGGCACUCCUUGGAUCUUUUUGGUUAUUUCGGGACUUCGUUACGCAGGCAGGAUGCCCGAAAUGUACGGGAAACACUGAUUCGGCUUUAUCGCGAGCAUUACAAUCAUACUGGGGGUGUAAAUCAUGCAAAUGGCUGGGCAAAUCAUGAGGCGAUGCUGGAGCUUCUCAAACAAGCUAAAAAUUCUACACCGCACUUUGGAGCGCUAAAUCUUUGCAUUGAGUUCCAUUUCUUUAAGAAGGACUUGUCAGAGCUGCAGAAGUUCUCGGCUCGGUAUGGCUACUUCCUUUACAUUCGCCGCGAUGAAGGUAUGGUCUACGUGGCCGCCACCGCACGCGACCUGCCAGUCCUGCCACCACAGCGUUUUGAGUUAUUUUUCUUGCCGAACGGAGUGUACGUCGGGCCACCAUCCUUUCAGACCUGUGUUGAUAUGCACUUAGGGGUGACAGAAGGGGCCCCGACGCCCGUUCCGCCCUCACUCAUCUCCCUUCUGGAGGAGGAAAUGCAGUUGACGAAUAAACGGCAACAACGACCCAACGCCCGCCGCGGUGGGACUCGAUCGCACCACCCGUCGUCAUCGUCGGACUCAGAAGGGAAGGAGGGACGGCGUCGCCGGCGGGCGAACCGUCGUGGCGGCAGCCGGUCCUCCUCCGCGAGUUCGGCAUCCGCCUCCUGCACCUCCUCAGCGUCCUCGCGCCGUGGACGGCGGCGGCGGCGGCGGUUGUCCCCGUCUUCCUCUUAUUCGUCGUCGUCGUCGUCGCGGGGGCAAUCCCCUCCGCGGGGGUCGCCGAACGGGACGGAACGGCCCCCAGACGCGGCGGCCCAGCCACCCUCCCCGCGGGCGCCUCAACGGCUCUACGCUUGGCCCCGUUCGCUGCCCGCGAGCUCUCUUUACGACGUGAUGGUGGGGGCCGGCCAGCGCCUGAGCCACCCGCCUGGCUGCACGAUCGAGUCCCACCUCGUGUCGUGGGAAGGCGGCCACACGUCCAGCCCGCCAAGGGUCCUCCACUUCGCCCUUAACCACCUCACGAGGGAGGCACACAUUAUCGGAGGCUGA